AUGCAGUUCCAAAACAUGUUGAUCGCAGCUGCUGGCUUAUUACAGCUUUCAGUAGCUGCCGAUAGCGUCCAGGCGUUUCAAAAAGUCGAGUUUAGCAACGUGGGCUUUACGGGUUCAUAUACGCCUGUAACGUCUAUUAAAAACCCGGAUUCUGAUAAGUGCUCGUGCUCUGUAGGGUCCAAAGAGUGGUUUUCGGGCUCGAACGCACCCAUCACUGAUGCCGUGUCUGUGCACAUUCGUGGACCUUUGAAACUAAAUAAGUUUGCGUUUUACAAUGCCUCGUCGUUCACGGUGGGUAAUUCAGGCAACUCCUCGAGCUGGAAUCGGGUAGCAUAUUUCGACGCCAGCAGUCAGACAGGCGACAACGUUACGUUCUUGACUAAUGCCGGAACCGACUCGCCAGUAUUGGGGAAAGCACUCACUUUUGCAGGUGCUGAUGGUGUUUCGUCGUCUAAGAGCGCUACUUUACUUGCGGACGACACAUUGAUCAAAUCCGACCAAGAGUACGCGAUUUUCUCGAACAUCAGCUGUCCUAAAUCUAGCACUAAGAAUGCGUGCGGUGUGUACCGUAAGGGCAUUCCUGCUUUCCACGGUUUCGAAGCGGACACAAAAAUGUUUUUAUUCGAUUUCGAAAUGCCAAAGGAGACACAAAACAACGGAUCUACUUUCGAUUAUUACGACAUGCCUGCCAUCUGGUUGCUAAACGAUCAUAUUCCUAGAACUUCGCAGUACCCUCUAAACGCCAACUGUUCGUGCUGGGCCAGUGGAUGCGGUGAGUUCGACAUCUUCGAGGUCAUGAACGGAACUGAGAGAAAUCACUUAUACUCUACCUUCCACACUUUCCAGGGCAUUGAGGACCUAGGAACUGGUAUCCAGGCUGGUGGCUACAUUUCUAGAGACACUUCGAGUAGUAUGAAGGGUGGUGUUGUAUUCGACUCUAGCGGGAACACCGUGGUUUUCGUUUCCAACAACACUUCUUUCGACGAUUCCAUUAGUGCUGACGCUUUGAACAGUCUGCUGUCCUCGUACGACGAGAAAGAAAGUUAUAGUACCAAGCUGGCCACUAUCUCUGCUACUGCUCCAUCCACCACCUCGAAGUCCAAUGCAUAUGCUCUCUUCGAGAGAGGGCCUGGCAAAGUGUGGUUCUACGCCUUCACUUUCCUAACGAGCGUUGCCCACACAAUUUUGUUUUGA